CACAGAUCUAAGAGAGCUUGGCUUCCUCCAUCUUCGUCUUCCUCCUCCAGCCAAAACGCAUCGUAUCAGUAUCAAAAUCAUUAUCCACAACAACAUGCUACUGCGGUACCUUCUCAAUCUCUGAACACCGAGCUCGCUUCACAGAGAAAAUGACCAUACUGCCCUACAUAACCGUCCCCAACAUCUCACCCUUCUCCGCCACCCUCAUCCUAAAUCCUAACACCAACCACCUCCACCUCCACCACCACCACCAAUUCCGCCACCUCUACCUCCCCCGUCGUCACAACGGUCGGCGCAUCCAGUUCACUACCGUUGCUCGCUCCCGCGAGGUCGUCCUCGGGAACCCGUCGGUGACGGUGGAGAAAGGCAAGUACAGCUACGACGUCGAAACCCUAAUAAAUAAGCUCAGCAGCCUUCCGCCACGUGGCAGCAUCGCGCGGUGCCUCGACGCCUUCAAGAGCAAGCUCUCCCUCAACGACUUCGCUCUCGUGUUCAAGGAGUUCGCCACGCGUGGCGAUUGGCAACGAACCCUGCGACUCUUCAAGCACAUGCAGCGCCAGAUAUGGUGCAAGCCAAACGAGCACAUCUACACAAUCGUCAUCACCUUGCUCGGCAGAGAAGGACUCCUAGACAAGUGCCGCGAGGUGUUCGAUGAAAUGCCUGAACAAGGCGUUCCUCGCUCUGUCUUUGCCUACACCGCCAUAAUCAACGCCUAUGGCCGCCACGGACAGUACCAGACCUCCCUCGAAUUGCUCGAUUUGAUGAAGAGAGAGAGGGUUUCACCGAGUAUCUUGACUUACAACACUGUAAUCAAUGCUUGCGCGAGGGGUGGGUUGGAUUGGGAGGGUUUGUUAGGGUUAUUUGCUGAGAUGAGGCAUGAAGGGGUUCAGCCUGAUGUAGUUACGUAUAAUACUAUGCUUCAUGCUUGUUCUCGUAGGGGUUUGGGCGAUGAGGCUGAGAUGGUGUUUAGGACUAUGAAUGAAGGUGGGGUUGUUCCUGAUAUCACUACUUAUAGUUACCUUGUUGAUACUUUUGGGAGAUUGAAUAAACUUGAGAAGGUUUCGGAGCUUCUUAGGGAGAUGGAGGAAGGUGGUAAUUUGCCUGAUGUAACGUCUUAUAAUGUGCUUUUGGAUGCGUAUGCUGAGAAGGGGUCGAUUAAGGAGGCACUAGGGGUGUUCCGGCAGAUGCAGACGGCAGGGUGCGUGCCAAAUGCGACCACUUAUAGUAUUCUGUUGAAUUUGUAUGGGAAGCAGGGGAAGUAUGAUGAUGUUAGGGACCUUUUCCUUGAGAUGAAAGUUAGCAACACGGAGCCUGAUGCUGGUACCUAUAACAUUCUUAUACAGGUGUUUGGAGAAGGUGGAUACUUUAAGGAGGUGGUUACUUUGUUCCAUGAUAUGGUGGAGGAGAAUGUACAGCCUAACACGGAGACGUAUGAGGGUUUGAUAUUUGCUUGUGGGAAGGGAGGGCUCUAUGAGGAUGCCAAGAAUAUUUUACUUCAUAUGGAUGCUCAGGGAAUGGUUCCGAGUUCCAAGGCUUACACUGGGGUGAUUGAAGCCUAUGGCCAGGCUGGACUGUAUGAAGAGGCAAUAGUUGCGUUUAACACUAUGAAUGAAGUGGGAAGCAAUCCAACUGUCGAGACAUACAAUUCGCUCAUUCGUGCAUUUGCAAAGGGAGGAUUGUACAAGGAGGCUGGAAAAGUUUUAUUGAAGAUGGGUGAUUCAGGUUUGCAGAGGGAUGUGCAUUCGUUUAAUGGUCUAAUUGAAGCUUUCAGGCAAGGAGGUCAGCAUGAAGAGGCGAUAAAAGCGUAUGUAGAGAUGGAGAAGGCUAACUGCGAUCCUAAUGAGCUGACACUCGAAGCAGUAUUAAGUGUAUAUUGCUCAGCAGGACUUGUUGACGAGGGUGAAGAACAGUUCCAAGAAAUUAAAGCUUCAGGAAUACUGCCCAGUGUCAUGUGUUAUUGCAUGAUGCUUGCUCUUUAUGCAAAGAAUGAUAGGUUCAAUGAUGCCUAUAAUCUACUUGAUGAGAUGAUCACAACAAGGGUGUCGGAUAUUCAUCAAGUGAUAGGACAAAUGAUCAAGGGAGAUUUUGAUGAUGACUCUAAUUGGCAGAUUGUAGAGUAUGUCUUUGAUAAACUGAAUUCAGAAGGAUGUGAAUUUGGAAUGAGGUUCUAUAACACACUGUUAGAAGCUCUUUGGUGGAUGUUCCAGAGAGAGAGGGCUGCAAGAGUGCUCAAUGAGGCAUCAAAGAGAGGGCUUUUCCCUGAGCUCUUCCGUACAAAUAAACUUGUGUGGUCUGUGGAUGUACACAGGAUGUGGGAAGGUGGAGCAUUAACAGCAUUGUCCCUUUGGCUGAACAAUAUGCAAGAGAUGUUCAGAGCUGAUGAGGAUCUUCCUGAGCUUGCAGCAGUAGUCGUGGUUCGUGGACAAAUGGAGAAGAGUACAGAUAGCCAGGAUUUCCCCAUUGCAAAGGCCGCUUUUUCAUUCCUGCAGGAUAAUGUGUCAUCCUCUUUUACUUUCGCCGGAUGGAACAAAGGUCGCAUUAUCUGUCCGCAAUCACAACUGAGGCGAAUUCUAUCAGGCAACGAAUCAUCUUCUAAUAGAAAAAAAAAGAGUAAAUUAAUAUCCAUAAGUAAUUCGACUGAUGGAAUUAUGACUUGCAAAUCUGAUGUGCAAAGUGGUAAAGCUAAUGAUGUUGAUUCUAGAACCGAUAGUACAAGAACAGAGCUUCUAACUAGUGCAGUUUAGUUUUGAGAAAUAUAGAAAUUACAUUCAUUUGUUUCA